GGUAUCACUAUUGGUUGGAUCUUCUUCUGUUCGGCUCUGUUUCGUCUAUGGGAAGACUGGACAUAUGCUGAAAGCUGUUAUUUUAUGUAUAUCAGUCUAUCAACAAUAGGUUUAGGUGAUAUCUCAGUAGCAAGAAGAGACAUGAUGGUCUUAUGCUUUGUUUUUGUAAUCAUUGGACUUUCGCUGGUCAGUAUGAGUAUCAACGUUGAGCGAAAUGGUCGCGUCGCGGUGAGAGGGGCGUCGCGCGCGAAGGAAUGUACCAGGAUGCAGCAGUGGGUAAGAAAUACAAGAACAAAAGCACUAAUAUGUUCAGGCAUGCCUAAAAUCUUUACAAUUCAAGAAAAUAAGGAGAAUGAAGAGCCACCACAAGAACUUGAACAGAUGGUACAAAAACAGGUAACCAACGAAAUUCCUAUCGUUGUGAUGCACGAAGAAGAAGUCCAGACUGAUGGUUUAGAAAUGUCAGACAAAACGGAGCAGACCAUGGAAACACUGGUGGAACAUAGCUCGUGUCAAACGGAAGAGCUGAAGAGUGAAAGUCAGGAACAGGAAGUACAGACCGAAGCCUCUCAACUAAUCAACGCUGAAGCUCAAACAACGAUUGUCGAAGAUGCACCCUGUCAAACGGAAUCCUUACCGACAAUGGAUCAGAUUUCACAGACGGCUCAACCUGAACAGAUAGACGCUGAGGUAGCCACAGAGAUCGAGACAAAAAAUGCACGUAUCCAGACACCGUGUCCAGUUAUUACAGAGAGAACCAUUCAGACCGAAGACCUGGAAGAUCGAAAAUCCCCGUCAAAAAUGUCAUCAGCCCGGAAACGGAUACGUCGGGCUUUUGCCAAGAAGAAACCAGCCGGGUCGUCGUUACAUGGUGAUAUGCCAACUAUGAGCGAUUGGAAGGAUGUUGAAGAAGAAAGUCAACAAGCCGAAGAAGAGGACGGUUCUGAAGAGUCACUUCAUUGGGAUCCGGUAAUUAUGUUUAUUCAUCAAAUCGUGCUUUGA